CUGAUAACAGUUACUGGUUAAACUACAAUUUCAUGCAUUUCAGUUCGAAAUUUAGAUUUAUAAGUUAUAAUUUAAAACCAUUUAUUAUUAACCUAAAACCCACAAAUUAAUAUCAUGUUCUAGACGAUCGUUAGUGAUACAUAUUGGCAAAGUAAAUAAUAAUUUGGUAACAGUAAUUUUAAAUUAGAAUUUGCAUUUUAUCCAUCGAAGAUUAAUAAUAAAUAUUAUUGUUUCAAAGUAUUGUUUUCAUGAAUUCAUUGAUUUAUAUAAUUGGUAUUAAAGCAUAGUUGAUUGCAUGAAUACUACCCCUGGUCGACUAUAACAAAAUAUUAUUAUCAUUUUUAAUUUAACAUUAAAAAAUGUCUGACAAUCGAAAACGCCGUUCUAGUUUUUUCCCAAAACCAACUGAAGAUAAUCAUGAAAAACAAUUAGAACUGUUUAAGAAUAUGCAUUGGGUAAACGAAGAAAAAGAAAAUAUAUUUUCUAAUUCAAGCUUAUUUGGUGGUCAAGGAAAACUAGUAUUACAAGAAUACACUGAAAAAUUGAUAAGUUGUAAACAAGAAUAUCCAAAAUUGGUAUAUAGUAAACAAGAAGAACAAAUUCAUUUAAAAGAGAAAUUACGUAAAAGCAAACUUGAAAUAAAUUGGGAAACAGCUUGUGAUGGAUUAACAGACUUUGAGCGAGAUUUUACUUCUAAUAGACCUAACUAUAAGUGUUUAGUCGAAAAAAUUCAUUUACUUACAUUACAUACGGCCUUAGUUAAAAGAUCCAAUUAUGAACUACAUGUAAUUUUAAAUGCAUAUAAUAGACGAGCUAAUGAAGAAAUAGAUAAGUUACAAGAAUUGUUUAUUGAUAAAAUUGUAGAAGAUAGUGGUGUUGGUACUUCCUACUACAGUAGUGACACAAAUUCGUCAAACAUGGAUUGUGACACAAAUUCAUCAAUCACGGAUUCAUCAGAAGAUGAAUGUUUAAAUUCAAAUUAAAUUUUAGAAUAUUAUUAAUAAUACAAAUUAUAAAAAAAAAUUAUCUUAUACAUACAAAAUAAUAAGUUGUAUUACUUAUAUUUCAAUACAUGUUUGAUUUUUGAGUUAA